UCUCAUUAAUUAGUUCGCAUUUUCGACGACAAAGGUAAAAUUUUAGCGACGCGUUUAAAGAACAUUUACGCCCACAAAACCAGGCGAAAGUUGUGCAAUUUUAGUAGAAACCGGUAGCGGCGAAUCUUGUCCGUUGAGUGCAAUGUACGAAAGUCGAGUUAAGCAAGUAAAAUGCGCAGUGAUUCCAGGGGUCAGCUUUGAAGAACCCACAUCCUGCGAACUUUCAUAGACAACUAAUUACUAAUUUUUGUACGACAUCAAAACCAUUAGGAAGAAAAAAAUCAAAGUAUUUAUUCAACGUUUAUACAAUCCUGUAUAUUGAAAAAAAAAGAAUCGCAUUCGACGCAUCAGGGAUCAAGCACCCACUCCCACAUCCCCCUGGAAAAGGCUGCUAUCCGAAGAUAGAUCUGGAUAUACCAGAUAUUGAGCGAAAUUCGUAUAUUCCAAAACACUCCAUUAGCGAUUAGUUAGGUCAGAUAUAUUUAUACAUAUAUAUAUAUAUAUAUAUAUAGAUGUUUAACAAAAUUUUCAACUAGGCGAGAUUAGGAGCGAGAUCGGAGAAAUCGGAGAAAAGCAAUAAACGACGAACCUCAGCGUUAAGCAUAAAGAUUUACCUACCUAGAUACAUACUGAAUAAUUAACUUAUAAUUUAUAAAAAAAAAGAAGCCCAGCCAAGUCGAGAGUGAGUGCAGAACUACUGCAGUCGUAGUAUCGUAGCAAUCGAAGUAUUCAAAAAUUGUAGCCUAGCCACCUAGCACUAUUUAAUUCGCAGCAGAGACACCUGCAGAGGGUGAAAACAUAAAUAUAUAUAUAUUUUGUACGUGGACUUUGGGAGUGGACUAGAUAGGAAGGAAACAAGCUGCACAUUUUUAUAUCGCCCUCCGCCCUGUGAUUGAUGCAGCCAGUCUCAGUUCCAGUUCAAUUCCUGGACCUAGUGUAGACAUAUAAUCAAGUAGCCAGAGCUAAGUAGCCCAUUAGAGAUACACACACACACUCCCUGACAUACAAACCAGCCAUGGACGAAUCCCAGCCGAAGACUCUGUACGUUGGCAACCUAGACAGCUCCGUGUCCGAGGAUCUGCUCAUCGCACUCUUCAGCACCAUGGGCCACGUCAAGAGCUGCAAGAUAAUCCGGGAGCCGGGCAACGAUCCCUACGCCUUUAUCGAAUAUUCCACUUACCAAGCAGCCACGACCGCCCUAACCGCCAUGAACAAACGUCUGUUCCUCGACAAGGAAAUCAAGGUUAACUGGGCCACCAGCCCCGGCAAUCAGCCCAAGACGGACAUCAGUUCGCAUCACCAUAUUUUCGUCGGCGACUUGAGUCCCGAGAUCGAAACGGAAACGCUGCGCGAGGCAUUUGCUCCGUUUGGAGAGAUUUCAAACUGCCGCAUUGUUAGAGAUCCGCACACCAUGAAGUCCAAGGGCUACGCCUUCGUGUCGUUUGUGAAAAAGGCGGAGGCGGAGAACGCCAUUACGGCGAUGAACGGCCAGUGGAUCGGUUCGCGAUCCAUACGCACCAACUGGUCCACCCGCAAACUGCCACCACCGCGUGAGCCCAACAAAGGAGGCGGCCAGGGCGGUGGCAUGGGUGGCGGCCCGGGUGGCAACGGGUCCGGCGUCAAGGGCAGUCAGCGACACACCUUUGAAGAGGUCUACAACCAGUCGAGCCCCACCAACACCACCGUCUACUGUGGUGGCUUUCCGCCGAACGUCAUUAGCGAUGACUUAAUGCACAAGCACUUCGUUCAGUUCGGACCCAUCCAGGACGUUAGGGUGUUCAAGGACAAGGGCUUUGCGUUUAUUAAAUUCGUAACCAAGGAAGCAGCCGCCCGCGCCAUCGAGCACACGCACAACAGCGAGGUCCACGGCAACCAGGUCAAGUGCUUCUGGGGCAAGGAGAACGGCGGCGACAACUCGGCCAAUAACCUCAAUAAUGCUGCGGCUGCGGCCGCAGCAGCAGCCUCCGCCAAUGUCGCCGCUGUGGCAGCUGCAAACGCAGCGGCUGCCGCCGGAGCGGGCAUGCCCGGCCAAAUGAUGACCCAGCAACAGAUCGCGGCAGCUACCGGAGCGGCGAUACCCGGCCAAAUGAUGACUCCCCAGCAGAUCGCAGCCGCCACGGCAGCGCAGUAUUCGCCAUACGCCUAUCAGCAGAUGGGGUACUGGUAUCCCCCAACGGCAUAUCCCACAACCCAGAUGCAAACGCAGUACAUGCAGCAGGGCUACUAUCCUUACGCUUACACCACCAGUGCUCAGCAGGCGGGAGGCGUCCCUGCCGGAUACCGUAUGGUGCCACCAAAUGUGGCAUGGGGCGUGCCAGGUACUGUGGUGCCGGGCGUAACGGCCGCAGCCACCGCCGCCGCAGCAGCAAACGGUUCACUUGCCCCCCAGAUGAUGUAUAGUGCUGCGAUGCCGCAAUACCAGACCCAAUGAGCUGAAAUGUGACGCCAGCUUCGACGCCGUCUGCAGCAUCCGGGCAGUCGCCCCCAGCCCCAGCUGCCAGGUUACCUAGAAUACAGAUUGGUACCAGCCAAAUCGGCAACGGGGGACUGAGAAUGUGCAGGAUUGGAGUUGCGGCUAAGGAUCGGGUCACUCUUGUUCUCGGCCCAAACCCAAUAUCCAAUCGAAGGUCGAGGCGAUACGCCGGCGACAACUGAAUAAACAUCCAACUGAAAAAGCUCCGGGCUAUGGGCGGGUAGCUGUAACAAUCUAAUCCAAUCUAAGUACGUGUUAAAAUAAUUUAAUGAUUUGUAAUUUAAGAAAGAUGUAGGCGUAAAACAAACAAACAACAACAAAAAACCGGAAACAAAUAAACCGAAAAAGAAAAUUCAACAAAAAAAUAAACAAGCUAGCAAGCAGAGCAGAGACAACGUUUACAAAAAAACAAAACAAGAAACGAAACUAAAACGUGACAAAGCCAAUUGUAAUUGUAACUAUGUGGAAAUUAUGUCAACGAAAUCGGAAGGAAAUUAGACAGACGUUGGUAGAAGAGGCAUAGGAUGAUGAAAGGAUAGCCAGCCACAUGCGAGCCGAAAGCGAAAACAAGAGGAAACAAAUUUAGCGCCUAAGAGAAUGUAAAUUCGAGCAUACAUAUUGUGUAUUUCCAGCGAGGAAAGUGAAAUGCGAUAUAAAUAUGUAAAAUGUAAAAUAAAGAAACAAAAAAAUAUAUAAAACGAGUGAAAA